AUGUCUACAAUCACCAAGGAAGCUUCUCAGAGCUCUUAUCCCCCGAUCCUUCCCAAAGACUUCAACGGCAACCAGCCCAAAACCAUCCGCCUAUACCCCCUCAGCAACUACACCUUCGGUACAAAGGAUGCUCAACCGGAAGAGGACCCCUCUGUGCUCGCGCGCUUGAAGCGGUUGGAAGAGUACUAUCAAGUAAAUGGCAUGCGGAGGACAUGCGAAGGCGUGCUGGUCUGCCACGAACAUAACCACCCACACAUCCUCAUGCUGCAGAUUGCCAAUGCUUUCUUCAAGCUGCCCGGUGACUACCUAACCCAAGACGUUGAGGAGAUCGAAGGUUUCAAAGCGAGGCUGAACGAGCGCCUUGCGCCUGUUGGUACGCAAUUCACAGGCGAGGGGGUCAACGACGAGUGGCAGAUCGGUGAUACGCUCGCGCAGUGGUGGCGCCCCAACUUCGAGACGUUCAUGUACCCCUUCAUCCCGGCGCACGUCACGCGGCCAAAGGAGUGCAAGAAGCUGUACUUUAUUCAGCUACCCCGGAGUAAGGUCCUUAGCGUUCCCAAAAACAUGAAACUUCUCGCGGUCCCGCUCUUCGAACUCUACGACAACACUGCGCGCUACGGUCCACAGCUCUCGGCAAUCCCGCACUUACUCUCGCGCUACAAUUUCGAGUUCGUCGAUGAGAAUGGUCAGGUUGUGGCGUGCACGCCUGGCUCUGGGCUUGCGGACGGGAGUAGGCCACAGACGAAGGUGCUGGCUGGUGGUGACGAGGAUGUCAAGAUGGAGCCGAAUGGGGAUGCGGCGAGCGAUCAUACGUUGUCAUAG